CGACCGCGGCGACGACACUACCCCUUUGACUAGCUGCCAGUUUCAUCCAUCCACCUUGUUAUCAGCACGUGCCACCCCAAGACAGUAAGGCACAGACAGACACGAACAUCGACGAGCGGAUCCGCGUUCAUGGCGUAUCCGUACCAGUACCACACACAGACGGCGGCGCUGCAGAGCCCCAGCAACGCCGCCUUCGCGCGCACCGAUCCGCUUGGUGAUGCCAGUCAGCAGCGCUUCACGUAUCUGUUCAACCUGGCGCACCAGCAGUACGCGGCCGGCUACUACCAGGAGGCGCUGCGCCUGUGCGAGCAGCUCUACGAGUCAGACGCGUACCGCACGGACAACCUGCUGCUGCUCGGCGCGCUGCACUUCCAGCUCGGGAACCUGUCGGAGAGCAUCUUCUACAAUCAGCAGUGCAUUCGCGUGGCGCCCGACUUCGCAGAGGCCUACGGAAACCUGGGCAACGCGCUCAAGGAGCUCGGGGACGUGGCCGGCGCCGUGCAGUUCUACGUGCGCGCGAUCAAGUUGAACCCGCGCUUCGGAGACGCGUACAACAACCUGGCCAACUGCUACAUGCUGCUGGGCCAGACUGAAGAGGCCGUGGAGACGUACAAGAUGGCCAUCAUGCUGGACCCGCGGCUCGUGGACGCGCACAGCAACCUGGGCAACCUGUACAAAGUGCAGGGCCGCCUCGUGGACGCGAAGCACUGCUACGCCCAGGCCAUCCGAGUCAAGCCGAGCUUUGCCAUUGCCUGGAGCAACCUGGCGGGCUUACUGAAGGACGACGGUCAGCUCGACGCCGCGGUCGAGCACUACAGAGAAGCGAUUCGGCUCGCGCCGGACUUCGCAGACGCGUACAGCAACUUGGGCAAUGCGCUCAAGGAGUCCGGCCGAGUGGACGAAGCCAUCCAGGCCUACAAGUCGGCGCUGCAGAUCCGACCGAACUUUGCUAUUGCUCAUGGCAACUUGGCCAGCUGCUACUACGACGCAGGCCAAAUGGAGCUGGCCAUCCACACGUUCCGCCACGCCAUCCAGCUUGAGCCAAACUUCCCGGACGCCUACAACAAUCUGGGCAAUGCCCUGCGUGAAUGCGGCCACCUGGAGCAAGCCGUUACGUGCUACCGGACUGCGCUGCAGCUCAAGCCAGACCACCCGCACGCCUACAACAACUUGGGAAAUGCCCUGAAAGACAAGGGGCUGGUGAAGGAGGCGCUGCAUUGCUACACGACGGCGGCGCGUCUGCUACCGCAAUUCGCAGCGGCUCACAGCAACAUCGGCAGCGUGCUGAAGGAACAGGGCAAGCUGGAUCAGGCUCUGGCCCACUACCAACAGGCCAUCACUAUCGACCCCAACUUCGCUGAUGCAUACAGUAACAUGGGCAACGUGUUCAAGGACCUAUGCCGUCUCGAGGAGGCCAUCCAGUGCUAUUCGACGGCUAUUCGUCUCAAGCCGCAAUUCCCCGAUGCCUACAGCAACUUGGCCAGUGCGUACAAGGACGGCGGCCGUCUGGACGACGCUAUCACGUGCUACCGUAAGGCUCUGGCGCUACGUCCUCAAUUUCCGGACGCGUUCGCCAACUACUUCCACUCGAUGGUGUUUAUCUGUGACUGGCAGUCCCGUAAACAGGACACGGAGACGCUACAGCGCUUUGUGGACGAGCAACUGAGUGUGGCUGAUGUGCUGCCGUCCGUGCAGCCAUUCCACGCGCUGGUGUACCCGCUGUCGAUGCAGCGCUUCCAGGACAUUUCGCGACGAUACGCUGAGCGCGCCAAGAUGAACGUCCAGCUAGUGGAGCUUUCGCCUAUGCGCUUUAAGAGCAAACGCGCGUCGGAGCGACUGCGGAUUGGCUAUGUGUCCUCGGACCUGGGCAACCACCCGCUGGCGCACCUUAUGCAGAGUGUGUUUGGCAUGCACGACGAGCGCAAGUACGAGGUCUUCUGCUACGCAACGUCGCCCGACGACGGAUCAAUCUGGCGCAAGCAGAUCUCCGGCAGUGUGGAGCACUUCGUGGACAUCUGCGCGCUGUCGAACGGUGACGCUGCACGCACCAUCCACGCCGACGGCAUCCACGUUCUUGUCAAUCUCAACGGCUACACGAAAGGCGCGCGGAACGAGAUCUUUGCGCUCCAGCCUGCGCCUGUCCAAGUGAGUUACAUGGGCUUUUGUGGCACUCUGGGGGCCGACUACAUUCACUACAUGGUGGGUGAUGCCACGGUAGUGCCUCCCGAGUACCGACGCUACUUCACAGAGAAGCAGAUCAACAUGCCGCACUCUUACUUUGUCAACGACCACAAACAGUCGGCGCGAGACGUGCUGGACACUGAAAAGUGCCCUACCCGAGCGGAUUAUGGCGUGCCCGAGGACAAGUUUGUCUUUUGCAACUUCAAUCAGGUGUACAAGAUCGACCCCGUCACGUUCACGACAUGGAUGAACAUUCUCAAGCGCGUCCCCAACUCGGUGCUGUGGUUGCUGCGCUUCCCGCCGAUUGCGGAGGCCAACAUCCGUGCUGAGGCUCGAGCUCGUGGCGUCAAGGACCAGACGCGUCUGAUCUUCACGGACGUGGCCCCCAAGGACGAGCAUCUGAAACGUGGCUACCUGGCUGAUCUGUUCCUAGACACACCCGAGUGCAACGCGCAUACGACCGGGUGCGACAUCCUGUGGGGCGGUACUCCGAUGGUGACGAUGCCCAAAGAUCGCAUGGCCACGCGCGUGGCGUCAAGUCUGCUACGUGCCGCCAAUAUGAGCGAGCUGAUCACGAACUCGCUAGAGGAAUACGAAGAGCUCGCGGUGGCUUUGGCCAGCGACAUGGAUCGACUGUGGGAACUUCGACGGCGGCUGGAGGAGGAGCGUCUCAACUGUCCGUUGUUUGACACUCAGCGUUGGGUGCGCAACUUGGAGACGGGUCUUUGCAUGGCCUGGGAGCGCCACGAGAACGGACUCGCACCUGACCACAUCGACGUGCCCGAUAUUUAUGACCUGGAACAGCAGAACAACGGCUCCGUCGGCAGCAGUGCGCUACCGAUGAGUGCGUUGUUGUCCGGUGGCCUACCAUCAGCUACGUGA